AAGCAUAUUACUUUUGAACUUUGAAGCGCUGCUAACACAAGCCACAGGCAAUAGAGGCUGUUAGCAGAGCUCGGUUUGCUAGACCUUCGUCCACCACCGCAACAGCCAUCAGUAGUAGAAUUACUUGAUUGAUGAUUAUGUCGGCCACGGCGGCUGCCUUAGCCUCCGUCCCUUCAGCUAUUAAGGGCGUCAACACCGCUACUUCAGCCUUCGAUGUUUCAUCCAGAUCUUCUCUACCAUUCCCGGUAGUGGUUUCACUCCCUCUUCAUUCUAGCUUAAAGAAACCGGAUGUGGCGAGGAGGAGGAGCACGAGUAGGAUCAUUUCCCGUCAGGUGGCGUUGAAUUCCAGCAAUUCGACCGUGGAUCAUGAUAUCUCACCGUCAUCGUCGCCACCACCGCAACCGGAAGAGGAUGAAGAGGCAAGUCGGGCAAGGAUUGGAGCUAGGGUUAGAGUGAAUGGUCCGCUGAAGGUUUAUCACGUUCCAAAAGUUCCGGAGAUGGAUCUGACGGGAAUGGAAGGGAAUCUCAAGCAGUACGUUGGGUUGUGGAAGGGGAAGCGUAUCUCCGCCAAUUUACCAUACAAGGUGGAGUUUUUUACAGAAAUUGAAGGGCGUGGUCGUGUCAAGUUCUUUGCCCAUCUCAAGGAGGAUGAGUUUGAUUACAUUGAUUAACUAUUUUUCUCUUGCUUUUCGUAUAAGUAAUAACGAAUACCGUUGGAAGUAUGUAUGCCACUUAGACAUCUGUUUAUUAAUCCAUCAUUAUUAAUUGAUGUUGAUCGUUUUCAGCUUUCCCAAAA